UGUUUAUUACACUGAUUAAAAGGACAUAAAAGCUCUUCUGGGUAUUUUUCAUUUCCUGGGUUUGUUGCUUUCUUCUGCAAACUAGAUUAGCUUUCUGGGUUGUUGCAGAAAAACCUCUAAUACCCAGUUCAAUAUGUCAUAUAAAGCUUGAAGAAAUCAAUUAAAUUUAUAUAAAGCGCUUUCAAUUUUUAGUUAAAGAUUUUGCCAAUAAAUAGAUAUUUUUACUCUCUUUUUCACCAAUUUUUUAUUCUGUUCUUUUAACUUAUUUUUCUUCCCUUGAGAAAAAAGAAAGAAAGAAAGAUAUGGGCAAACAAGGUCCAUGCUAUCAUUGUGGAGUUACAAGUACUCCUCUUUGGCGCAAUGGACCUCCGGAGAAGCCAGUAUUGUGUAAUGCAUGUGGAUCGCGGUGGAGAACAAAAGGAACACUUGCCAAAUAUACCCCACUUCAUGCUCGGGCAGAACCUGAGGAUCAUCUGGCUUCCAGAGUGAAGAGCAUAUCUAUAAAUAAGAACAAAGAAGUGAAACUGCUGAAAAGAAAGUCAAAUGAUUGUACAACUAUUGUUUCCCCUGAUUAUAACCUGGGUUUUCGUAAAUUUGUGGAUGAAGAUACUAGUAAUAGAUCAAGCUCUGGAUCAGCCAUUUCUAAUUCUGAAUGCUGUGCACAAUUUGGCUGUGCAGAUGGUAGUGACUUGACAGGGCCUGCUCAAUCUAAUGUGUGGGACUCAAUGAUACCUUCUAAGAAAAGAACAUGUGUAAAUCGUCCAAAGCCAUCUCCAGUGGAGAAACUUACAAAAGAUCUAUAUACUAUUUUACAUGAACAACAGUCUUCGUAUAUCUCUGGAUCUUCUGAGGAAGAUUUGCUUCUCGAGAGUGAGACUCCCAUGGUUUCUGUUGAGAUUGGACAUGGAAGCAUUCUGAUUAGACAUCCGAGCUCAAUAGCUCGAGAAGAAGAAUCAGAAGCUAGCUCACUCUCAUUUGAAAACAAACAAUAUUCAAUGAAUGAGGCUUAUUCACAUUCAUCAAGCUUCCCUGCAUAUAGUGAUAUCAAGGGCAUCAAAUUUUCAGGACAUGGAAUUGAGAAGGUGAAGAACCCUGCUGGACAGGGGAUGCUGCAUGAGCAACUUAAGAGAGACCAGGUUCAACACGAAAAAUUAGUUAUGCUGGAAAGUCAUAAUUCACCACUGUGUAACAUAGAUUUGAGUGAUAUUAUCAACUUUGAGGCAUAUGUGAAGCAUUUAACAAAAGACGAACAGAAGCAGUUAUUGCGGUAUCUACCUCCACUUGACAUUGCCAAACUCCCCGAGAGCCUCAAAAACAUGUUUGAAAGCCCUCAAUUCAAGGAUAACUUAUGUUACUUUCAGCAACUGCUCGAGGAAGGGGUGUUUGAUAUCUCUGUUCCUGGGGUGAAAGCUGAAGAUUGCAAGACUUUAAAACGAGUUGCAUUAUUUAAUUUGACGAAAUCUCACUGGGUGGAACGCUGUCAUGAACUCAAGAAAUGUAAAAGGAAUGUUGGAGGGUCGGUUCUUGCUAGAGGACCAAAUGCCAUUACAUUGCAUACUUCGGUAACUUCGAAGAGAUCACAUGACAGUCAAAUUGCAGAAGCAAGGACUUUAAAGAGUCCAAAAAGAGGGAUCAUGAAGGCUGCUUAUGAAAACAAGGAACUCAGAGACAACGAUGGUUCUUGCUUUAGCCCGAGAAGCCUGUUUGCAUUGCCUCCUGAUGGCAGCUCGCUGGUGUUGCACUCUCUCGGUUUUGUUGAUGAACGUUCAGACCAAGAUUUGCUGCUGGAUGUGCCACCCAAUGGCUCAUUCCCACAGGCAGAACUGCUUCAUCCUAAUUCAAGUUUUGGGCAGCAGGAAAGCACUAGCAGUCACUCGGCACACUCACAUCUUGUCCAUCCCUAGCAGUGGGUUGUUA